AUGCCCGUUUUUGAAAACCUCAAAAACUUCAUUCGGCAUGGAAAACAGGCCCAGAACGGCCUGGAGCCCAUCUCGUCCCGUAACUCGGGCCGACGAAGCCAACAACCGCCCGCCAUCACCCACAGUAACAGUGAGCCGCUGACCAAAACCACAAUGUUCAGCGAGGGCGCAGCUCAGACCAAGGAGCCCGCACCGGCCGCCAAAGCCGCUGCUCCCGCCAAAAAAGUCGACAAGGAGAAGUACAACGACGCGAUCAAGGAGAUUGUGGAGGAGGAGAAGCUGCAACAGAGCAAAAUUCCCAACUACCCGGGACUCGAGAGAUACAGGCUGAUUGAAAAGAUGGGAGAUGGCGCAUUUUCCAUUGUCUACAAGGCAGUGGAUCUCCAGACCAAGGAGGAGGUGGCCGUCAAGGUCAUUCGGAAAUUUGAACUAAACGCCAAUCAGCGUUCGAGUAUCCUCAAGGAGGUGGCAAUCAUGCGUCAAUUACGGCACAAGAAUGUGGUGCAGCUCAUUGAUUUUAGCGAAAGCGAAAACCACUACUUCAUUGUUUUGGAGCUUCUUCCUGGAGGAGAGCUGUUCCACCAGAUUGUGCGUCUGACGUACUUUUCCGAAGACCUGGCCCGACACGUGAUUGUCCAGGUCGCAGAAGCAGUACAAUACUUGCAUGAGGAGGUAGGAGUGGUGCAUCGAGACAUCAAGCCCGAAAACCUGCUCUUCUACCCUGCUCCCUUCACCCCUAGCAAGAAGAUUGUGUUGAGAAAGGGUGAGGACGAGAGCAAGGAAGACGAGGGUAAGUACAUUCCCGGCGUGGGAGCCGGAGGCAUUGGGGUUAUUAAGCUGGCUGAUUUCGGACUUUCCAAGGUGGUCUGGGACAGCAAAACCAUGACUCCUUGUGGUACUGUUGGAUACACCGCUCCUGAGAUUGUCAAGGAUGAGCGGUAUUCGAAAUCUGUCGACAUGUGGGCUCUGGGGUGCGUUCUGUACACUAUUCUGUGUGGCUUCCCUCCCUUCUACGACGACAGUAUCGAUGUUCUGACCGAGAAGGUCGCUCGAGGACAAUACACUUUCCUGUCUCCCUGGUGGGAUGAAAUCUCCAAGGGAGCCAAGGAUCUCGUUUCACAUCUGCUGACGGUCGAUCCCGAGCGUCGGUACACAAUUGAGGACUUUCUGGCUCAUCCCUGGAUCACCCAGAGCAACGAGCCCACCCAUCCUGCUUUGGAUUCUCCCAUGGCGUCCAUUUUGGACCAGCGAAAGGGCCACACUCCCGCCACGACUGCCAUUUCGCGAGAGAACGUCGAGGCCGAAGAUCCUCAACCCCACGACUCUGCAUCAACUCUGCAUGUCGAGCACCCUGCCGAGGGCGCCUCCACGUCGUCGUUUGAGGAUCCUCAAGCAACGUAUCGGUCGCCGGCCACUGUCACCCUCAAGGAGGUGUUUGACGUGUCCAACGCAGUGCAUCGAAUGGAGGAGGAGAAUGCGCGACGUCGCCGAAUGGGCGGCUCCAAGAAUCUCGGCAUGUUGACCGAAAUCAUCACCGACGAAGAGGACGAGGAAGACGACACUCUGGAGGGAAGCAUGUCUCGAGUGUCGGUGGCCGAGAACCCUCACGCCCACAAGCGCCAGAAGCAAAAGAACCGAUCAGGCGUGUUUGAGCUCAAACUUGACGGCGCCACGUUGCUUGAGAAGCGAAAGAGAGCCGCUGCCGGUGUUGCAUAG